AGAUCUGUAAUAAUAAAUCCCAUCUACCUUGAAACACGCAAACUAACAGGAGGCGUGUCUACGAGAUUGAGGAAGAUUACAGUCAUAUACCAGAGCAGGCGUCACUAAACGUUUGAACAGUUUAGUUUCAGAACUGCUCUUUACUCCAGACGGCUCAAAGCAGAGAAGUGGAUGAUUCUUUCCAUCAUGGGAAUAAAAGAUAGAACUUUCUCUUCCUUUGCACAGUUUAUGAUCCUGGCCCUUCUAGCAUGCAUGUGUUCAGCAGCUGAGUCUGGUCCCCUGGAUUGUGCUGAUUCACCCCCCUCACCUAGCACUCCAGUUUCUGUCCAUUCUCUGCGGCCAGCUGAUGUGGCUGUGGUAUCUGCACUGGUUUUGUCUGAUGUAGAGAGAUCUGAUGAAACCAGAGCCCUGAACAUGUUAUCUGAAAUAUUGUUCACCUUUAACCCUGAUGUGACAACUGUUCUACCUGACAUAAGGAGUUUAAACAUUUUGGAGUCUCUCAGCCCCACUCAGUGGAAGCUGCUCCUUCUGCUUAUACCAGUUGAUGAGCUCUUUGCGUGUACAGACCAGGGCUUCAGUGAAAACAUUGAUGCAACAGUGAAUAGAGUGGAGCAAACACUGGACUCUCUUCAUCAGAAGUUGAAACAUACACUGGUUCAUGUUGUUGUUUGGAGUGGACUGUCAGGUGAAUCACUUGACCGAGUUUGUAAGUUCCACUGUGAGGAAGGAUAUGAUGAAAACAGACGCAGGCUGGAUACAAUAGUCCUUAUGGCUUCAUUGCAGGAAUCAGUCGGUGCUCUUCUAGAGAAAAGAGUCUGGUUCAGCGAUCGGGAGGAUUUCAGCGUAAUGCUUCAGUCCAGUCCAGUACACAUCGAUCUGUCAGACAUGAAAGCCUUUACAUCUGACUCCUCACGUGACAUAAGCAUGUUGGCUUUACAACUCUGGACUAAUUUGCUACAGCCAAUGACAGACAAGACUGAGAUGGAUGGGGGGGGCAUAGUCACCAUUCCGUGUCCUACUGAGGAAAAGCCGUUUUUGCGAACACAGAAAAACUCAAACUUGGCAGAGCUCAGAAUCUCACAACCAGAGGAUCCCUCUCCACUUCUCGACCCAGUGAUGGGGACUGAGCUCAUCUGUGAGGACAGGUCUCCAUCUUCCAGCAUCCCUACCUCAGUCCAUGCCCUACGGCCAGCCGACAUCAAAGUGGUGGCAGCGAUUGGUGAUUCUUUGACGGCAGCCAAUGGGGUGGGUGCUGCACAAAACAACCUCCUGGGUGUGAUCACAGAGUAUCGCGGCCUGUCAUGGUGCAUCGGCGGAGAUGAGAACCUUACAACUAUAACCACCUUACCAAAUAUAUUAAGAGUUUUCAACCCUUCACUGACUGGCUAUUCCAUGGGAAAAGGAGGUGAGGAUUCUGCACAAAGUUUUCUGAACCAAGCAGUACCAGGAGCCAAAGCUGAUGAUAUGGUCAGUCAAGCCCGUGCUGUCAUUACAAGAAUGAAAGAAGACUCGGGAAUUGAUUUCCAGAAUGAUUGGAAGAUUAUCACGGUCUUCAUUGGAGGAAAUGACAUGUGCGCCCACUGCUCUGAUAGUCGAUACUAUUCUCCUGAUAACAUUGUGAAGUAUAUUCGUGAGGCUUUGGACAUAUUACAUAAUGAGGUCCCUCGUGCCCUGGUGAACCUAGUAGAGCUCCUGGAUAUAGUUCCACUGCGCCGUCUCCAUCAGGACACCAGUUUAGGCUGCCCUACCUGGAUAGUCAAUAUUAUGUGUGGCUGUGUUCUGAAACCUAAAGAUGAAACUUAUGAAUUCCACAUGUUGCAGGAGUUUAACCAAGCCUAUCAGCGUGGUAUGAGGGAGCUGGUGGAGUCUGGGCGAUAUGACACACAUGAUAACUUCACCGUGGUCUUACAGCCAUUCUUCAGAAAUGUGUUUCUCCCCUUGCUGGAGGAUGGGAGACCUGACCGUUCCUAUUUCUCUCCGGACUGUUUUCAUCUCAGUCAGAAAGCUCACACGCUCAUGGCUCGGGCUCUCUGGAACAACUUGAUGGAGCCUUUAGGUAAUAAGACAGAUAAGGAGGAUUUUACUGCUGGUAUCCCUCUUAAAUGCCCAGAAAAGUCCUCCCCCUAUUUGAAGACCUAUCAUAACAGCAAUUACACAUACAAAACCCCUCCUCCUACUCCUCCACCCACAACAAAUUGGGGAAGUGAUUUCUCAUGUGUGGAUAUAGCACCCUCUGACACUGUACCAGCAUCUGUUCACAGGCUGCGUCCAGGUGACAUUAAAGUGGUGGCGUCUCUGGGAGAUUCACUCACAGCCGGCUUUGGUGCAAAAGCUGAAAACCUUCUGCAGUUGGCAGAUGAGGAGCGAGGGGUUUCCUGGAGCAUUGGUGGGGAUGAUACUUUAGAAACUGUGACCACAUUGCCAAACAUCCUUAAGAAGUUCAAUCCAAGUGUCUUCGGCUUUUCAAAAGGAAAAAGUAAAAGGCCAAAUGGCUUCAAUAUGGCAGUGAGCGGUGCCAAAGCCAAUAAUAUACCAGCACAAGUGAAGGAUCUUAUCACAGCUUUAAAGGAGAGCAUGGAAGUGGACUUUGAGAAGGAUUGGAAGCUGGUGACACUGUUUAUUGGGGGAAAUGACCUUUGCCAGUACUGUCAUGACCGGGCUUCUCUGUCCCCUUCUAAGUACAUCAGUCACAUCAGAGACAGUCUGGACAUGCUGUACAAUGAGGUUCCCAGAGUGCUAGUAAAUUUUGUGGAAAUCUUCGAGGUCAAUGAUCUGCGUAUAGUAAAGAGGGACACACUGGGCUGCAGCCUCCUGCAAAAGAACUUGUGUCCAUGUUUUCUGAAUCCCCGUGAGAACUCUCCAGAAAUGAAUGAAAUGAAGAAGGUCAACAAAGAUCUGCAGAUGGAGACUGAAAGGCUGGUGUAUGGGGGACGGUAUGACGGAAGACAGGACUUUACGGUGGUGCUACAGCCCUUCUUCGAGAACUCUGCUGUUCCGAUGAUCGAGGAUGGCACACCAGACCUGACUUUCUUCUCUGUGGACUGUUUUCAUUUCUCUGAGCGUGGACAUGCAGAGAUGGCUAUUUCGCUCUGGAACAACAUGCUGGAGCCUAUGGGGAGUAAACAAAAUUACAAUAAUUUCACAUAUGACCGCAGUAAGAUUCACUGUCCCACAAAGGAGCAUCCCUUCAUUUUUACACAAAUAAACAGUGGCUCUGACGUCCCUACAACUGCCGUUCCCACCACAGUUGCCCCGGGCACCCCUCUCCCCGCAGAUUGCCCCAACGAUUCUGUGCCAGCCUGGGCAGCUGCUAUUCUGGCUGUAGGAGGCUUGAUUAUUGGUUGGGGCGUAACCUGGAUGAUCUUCUACUACAGAGAACGAAGGAACAGAAAGAGAAACCAGACUAACGAAAUGAACGGAACUAAGUUCUGAUAACUUUUUUUUUAAAAUUGCAUAUAUAAAGUUAAUUAUUUUACUACAGACUAAACCCAUAUUUUUGACCUCAAACCCUCACAAAUUCACAUACAUAAUGUUUGUUUUUGAAACAGUGUUCAGAUGUCAGUAAAUUAAUUUAUUGCUGUAAAUUAUUUAUACAACAAAUAAUUUUGAUACUUGUAUAAACAAAAGUACAUCAGUCAUUAUAUUUUUAUUUGAAAGUAAUUAAAUGUUUAAAUUUAUUUUAUUAAUGUUGUUUGAUUGUGUUAUGUAUAUUAUAAAAUGUUUACAGGGUUUUGUUUUUGACCCUGAAGUGUGUGCCCAUGGGCAUUAAAAUAUUUUUUUGUUAAACCAA